AUGGUUAGGGAAGACAGAUCUACUUGGAAGGCUAACUACUUCGUCAAGCUCAUCGAGCUGUUCGAGGAAUACCCGAAAUGCCUUCUCGUCGGCGUUGACAAUGUUGGAUCCAAGCAAAUGCAGGAGAUCCGUCAAGCCAUGAGAGGUCACGCCGAGAUUCUUAUGGGAAAGAACACCAUGAUCCGUAAGGCUCUCCGUGGUCAUCUCGGAAAGAAUCCAUCCCUCGAGAAGUUGUUGCCACACAUCGUCGAGAACGUCGGAUUCGUCUUCACCAAGGAAGAUCUUGGAGAGAUCCGCUCCAAGCUUUUGGAAAACCGUAAAGGAGCUCCAGCCAAAGCAGGAGCUAUCGCUCCAUGCGAUGUCAAGCUCCCACCACAAAACACCGGAAUGGGACCAGAGAAGACCUCUUUCUUCCAAGCUCUCCAAAUCCCAACCAAGAUCGCCAGAGGAACCAUCGAGAUCUUGAACGAGGUUCACCUCAUCAAGGAAGGAGACAAGGUUGGAGCUUCCGAGUCUGCUCUUCUCAACAUGUUGGGAGUAACUCCAUUCUCGUACGGAUUGGUUGUUCGCCAAGUCUACGAUGACGGAACUCUCUACACUCCAGAAGUUUUGGAUAUGACCACCGAGGAGCUUCGCAAGCGUUUCCUUUCUGGAGUCCGCAACGUCGCUUCGGUCUCUUUGGCAAUCAAGUACCCAACCCUUGCUUCCGUUGCCCAUUCCUUGGCUUCUGGACUCCAAAACAUGUUGGGAGUUGCCGCUGUCACCGAUGUUUCCUUCAAGGAGGCCGAGACCAUCAAGGCUUACAUCGCCGACCCAAGCAAGUUCGCUUCUGCUGCUCCAGCCGCCGCCGCUGCCCCAGCUGCUGCUGCUCCAGCCGCCAAGAAGGAGGAGCCAAAGGAGGAAUCCGACGACGACAUGGGAUUCGGUCUUUUCGACUAA